GAAUGGAUAUGCAAUUCUGCCAACAAAAAAAACAGUAAGGAGAGCUUCUAUCAAAUCUAAAACUGAAAUCUUUUGUAAGGAUUCUUUUUAAAUUUUGAAAAUUUUUCUUACAUUAUUACCACAAGUUCAUUUUUGGAUUGAGAACCAAAGAAAAUAUUUAGAUACCUCACCUCAGCAACUGCAGAAAAACAGAUAGGAAAAGGAGUCACCAGACAAUAUCCUGAUCAAGAUCCUGGCUUCAUAACUGGCAACAGAUGAAUAACUUAGAAAGAGAAGCAAUACAUUUAGUGGAGUGCUGAGACAGAGAAAUAUACAUUUCAUGCAGAGCAUCUACCUGAAAAAAAGAAACGUUAUGAACUUCAGAUGUUAACAUUGUUUGCAGAGGUGCUGAAUGCAGUGAAGUAAGAGAAUCCAAAACCCUUGCCUAUACAUAAUUUUGUUCAUUGCAUGACUCAAAUGGCAACGUUUUGUAUGACAAAUAUGAGAGAAGAAGUAAUGAAGCUUAAUAAAAUGACGAUAUCAAAUGACACUGUAAAUGAUCUGCCUUGUGAAGUGGGCAUCAAGGGAAAGCAAAGCUAUUACCUGUCGAACAGGGGGAAUGCAAUCUCAAGCAGGCACGAUAUCAUGGCUACAGCAACCCUCACGUCCAUCAGAAAUAAAUAUGAUGAGCAUGACAACCCAUAUGGAAUUAUAAACAUUGGAAUUAGUGAAAACAAGCAGUGUUUUGACCUGCUAAAAGAAAGGUUGAUACAGAAGGACAUGCACCAUGUGGAAGAGUCCCAUUUACAGUACGCAGAUUGGAGAGGACACCGAUUCCUUAGGGAAGCAUUUGCCAAGUUUCUCACCUACCACUGCAAAGCAUCUUCGCCUCUAAAGACUGAAAAUAUCGUGGUACUUAAUGGGGGUGGCUCAUUAUUCUGUGCACUGUCUGCUGUUCUCUGUGAUCCUGGAGAUGGACUAUUGAUAGCAACUCCAUACUAUGGUGCAAUCAUUACGGAUAUAUCAUUGUACAAUAAUGUCAGACUUUUCCCAGCUCAUACAAGCAGCAAGAUAGUCAAAGGUACAAAUCGCCCAUUUCAGCUGACAGUGCAGACACUGGAGAAAGGUUUACGGAAUGCUAAGUUGGAGGGCAUAAAGAUAAGUGCUUUGAUUCUGAUGAACCCCCAUAAUCCCUUGGCAGACAUCUAUUCGGAAUCAGAGAUGACAGAGUUUCUUGAGUUUGCUAAAAGAAAUGAACUACAUGUCAUAGUGAACGAAGUAUACAUGUUGUCAGUUUUUGAUGAGUGUGAAACGUUUCACAGUGUCCUCAGUUUUGACAGGAUACCUGAUCCACAGAGAACACAUGUGAUGUGGGGCCUUUCAAAGGAUUUUUCUGCUUCUGGGCUUCGUGUGGCUUCAGUAUACUCAGAGAAUCAAGAUGUAAUAAAUGCCCUUGCAACACUUGGCUUCCUUCACGGACUACCUGGAACAAUACAGUACCAAGUGACACAACUUCUUACUGAUGAAGACUGGAUUAACACUGUAUUUCUGCCAACAAACCGAGCUAGACUAAAGGAAGGACAUGAGUAUGUAACCCAUAUACUGCGAGAACUUGACAUUCCUUUCUUGAACCGCCAUGCUGCUCUGUAUCUGUGGGCUGAUUUUAGGAAGUUCCUGAAGACUUGCACUUUUGAAGAAGAGAUUGCACUAUGGAACAGAUUUAUUGAUAAUAAAGUUAUGAUCAUGUGUGGCAAGGCCUUCAACUGUUGUGAGCCUGGGUGGUUUCGCAUUAUUUUUUCAGAAACAGCCAGCAAGUUGGAAUUAGCUAUGAUGCGACUCAAGAUGGUAAUAAAAGAAGUUGAGCAAGAAAUACAGGCUGAGAAUGGGCUGUGCUCCUGUAGACAAAACGUUACAGGGAAUCUCAAUUCUGAGGAAAGCAAUGGUGCCGACUGACCACCUUUAAUAUCCAGCUGGUGCUGUUCUUCAUAAUAUCAAAAAACAAAUAAUCUCCGUGGUAUCCCCGAAGUCUCAAGCAACUCACUAAACAAAUAUAGUGGGUCCAAAAGCAAA